AAUCGAUCAAUCAUGUGGACACGGAAAUUCUUCUCUUCACACACUAAGGUGUUACUCUUAUGGGUCCUUCAAAUAAUGCUGACACUACCACAACACAAGUGCGUGGCAAAUAAUCCCCAAACAUGCGCACCUUCUUCAUGCGGCAAAAUCAGCAACAUAAGACACCCGUUUCGGCUGAAGGGUGACCCAACAACAUGCGGGGAUCCCAGGUACGAGUUAGCUUGCGAAAACAACAUCGCUGUGUUGCCUUUGUUUGCUGGUAAAUACUAUGUGCAAGCAAUUCACUACAGUAACUUCACUAUUCGGGUGGUGGAUCCUGCUGUUCAUGAGGCUAAUUGUUCCUCUGUUCCUCGCUUUUUCUUAUCCGCCUCCAAUUUCACUGAUUUCUACAACCGUUCUUCCGCCUAUUCCACUACUCCUUAUCAAGCUACUCGAGAUACAUCUCAAGGGUCUAGCAUUCUAUUCCAACACAUAAUAUACUUAAAUUGUAGAAAUCCGGUGAAGGAUCACAGAUACGCGGAUACUGCUCCAUGCGUCAAUUGGGGUUCCAAGGGCCAUGCUUAUGCAAUUGUAGGGGACAUUUGGCCUAUGGUUUUAAAAGUUGGUUGCCAAGUGAAGAUGGCUGCUGCCACAUCCGUUUUUGGUUUCCAACCCUUUUAUUAUUUUGAUGAUUAUGAUUUGCUACGGCAGAAUUUUUCCUACGCUGAAAUUCAUAGGAUGUUGGGCUUUGGAUUUGAAGUUUCGUGGAUGACUGUUCCUUGUGAACAUCUCUGUGAAAACACUCCAAACUGUUAUUGCUUCUUCAACGAAACCAGCAAGCGUCCUCAAAGUUAUUCCAGGUCUGACUACUGUUAUAGUCCAUUGGGAUUUGAAGUCAGAUGUGGAAAUAUAUCAAAGCAACGCAUAUUUGUAGAAGAUAUUGUACACGGCAUUGCAAAAGGCUUUCUACAAAUAAGAGGCGUGAAAAUAGGUCCCUCCACUGUGGGCUACGUUGAUUCUAAACUUGCUAUUGAGAUAGGAAGAAUCACAGGAAGAUAUGUCUUGCCACCAUGCAUUAUUAUAAGAUUGAUAUUGACUUUCAUAGUUCUCUUUGCAAUCCUAAUAUAUAAAUGGCGAAGAAGACAUAUAUCCAUGUAUGAAAUUAUUGAAAAUUUUCUUCAAGGAAACACAUUGGUGCCAAUAAUGUAUUCUUACAGAGAGAUAAAGACUAUGACUAAAGGUUUUAAGUACAAGCUUGGUGAAGGAGGGUACGGUUCUGUGUAUAAAGGAAAGUUACGCAGUGGAUCUUUUGUAGCCAUAAAAAUGUUGGGUAAACCUAAGGCUAAUGGACAAGAAUUUAUUAGCGAAAUCGCAACUAUAGGAAGAAUACACCAUGCCAACGUUGUGCGACUUAUUGGAUUUUGUGUUGAGGGGUCAAAACGUGCUCUUGUUUAUGAAUUCAUGCCCAAUGGCUCUCUAGAUAGAUACAUUUCAUCCAAAGAAGAUAAUAUUUCUUUACCCUGUGAUCAAAUGUAUAAGAUAUCUCUUGGAGUGGCUCGAGGUAUUGCUUAUUUACAUCAAGGGUGUGACAUGCAAAUUUUGCAUUUUGAUAUCAAGCCUCAUAAUAUCCUUCUUGAUGAGAAUUUUGUUCCCAAAGUUUCAGACUUUGGUCUAGCAAGGCUUUAUCCUGUUGAUAAUAGCAUUGUUACUUUGACAGCAGCAAGAGGAACAAUUGGUUACAUGGCUCCAGAAUUAUUCUACCAAAAUAUAGGAGUAUCAUUCAAGGUUGAUGUUUACAGCUUUGGAAUGCUUUUGAUGGAAAUGGCAAGCAAGAGAAGAAAUUUGAAUCCACAUGCAGAUGAUUCAAGUAAAUUAUUCUUUCCCUUUUGGAUUUACAAUCAACUGAUUGAAGAAAAGGAUAUAGAAAUUGGGGAACUUACCAAUGAGGAAAAGAAUAAUAUAAAGAAGAUGUUCAAAAUUGCCUUAUGGUGUAUACAACUGAAACCUAGUGAUCGUCCUUCAAUGAAAAAAGUAAUAGAAAUGCUCGAAGGAGAUGUUGAGAGCAUUGAAAUGCCUCCAAAGCCAUCUUUGUAUCCAAAUGAAAUGAUUCAAGGAGAUCUUGAAACCAACUCAGAUACAACCAUAUCAAAUAAUGCUGCCAGCUUAAUUAGUUUAUAGAACUAAUGUAUUCUACUUGUUAAUUCAGGUAUUUUACUUAAUAAUUAUUAAUAAUUUGCUUUUGUAGUUAUAUUUCUUAGUUUAGUCAUCAAUGAAGAAAUAACUUAGAGUGUACAUGAGCAACAUAUUUCACACCACUUGUAAAAUCUACAUUAAUAUUUAUUGUUUCUAAAAUAUUGUU